UGACGUAACAGUGCAAUAUUCUGCUUCGAUCACCUUGCGCAAAGCCUUUCCGUCGUCAGACGAGCAGAAGCUAGGGUCGCGAUGCCACCGUACAAUCAGAGGAUGGAAAACGCCGAGAGGAGGACCGUCCUGGUGUCACCAGACAGCGCAGGAGAUAGCAGCAACGAAUCUUCCGUAUCGAACGAAAUGGUCAGCAAACGGAACGGGUACAUGCCAGCAUUUUGCAUUUCGUCACCACAGUAUAUUAUUCCCGUAAGCAUAAAUUCUCAGGAGAGGUACGUCCAAGACAGCGGGGUUCCUGCGAACUGGCUGAACAAAACACCAGUAGACCAACUCAUCAAAGUUCCGCGGACGAAUCAAGACGAAAAUCUAGCUAUCGUCCUAUCGAAUAAAAAGAAAAAGCCUCAGCCAUUUCCGGAAGAAUGUAAGGACAAACUGUAUUGGGAGAGAAGGAGGAGAAAUAACGAAUCGGCGAAGAAAUCGAGAGCGUUGAGGAAAAUUAAAGAGCAGCAGACAUCGGCUCGGGUUCUGCGACUGGAACACGAGAAUUUACAAUUAAAAACUGAAGUUUCCCUACUAAAACAGGAACUGGAAAGACUCCAGAAGUUAGUUUACGCAAAAACUACAGUCGAAAGCUGAUGAAAGCAGUAUUAGGAAAUUUCUAUUGAAUGCCUCCGACCAAUCAUUUCCAUCGAAAGAAAAUUACGGAAAUUAUUUAAAAAUAUAUAUAUAUACACAUAUAUAUUUUUUUCUUUUCUUUAAAUACGAAUCAUUAUACACCAAAUAAAGCAUUGUUCACUGCAGAUUUAAAAAAGAAAAAGAUAAAUUUUUCGGGGUAUACCGAAACUCCGGUGACGACGCGAAAUUACGCUCAAGUAUUGCACUCGAUUGUGUAAAUUUACGGUUAAGGGGCCGCGUCAUAAUUACAAUUAAGCAUUAUUAUUAUUUUAAUGAGAAUUUAGUGUUAAACAACCUUUUAAACUGUAACCGAGGGGGAAAAAUUCGUGUAACUUUUUUUUUGCUCAACAAUUCUUGUAAGCCGCUGCCAUGUCGGGAAAUCAUUAUACAUACGCGUUACGGAAAAGUUUAUACACGUUUUCCUGUUUUGAAGUGUGAUGAAUUAGGAGAAUUUUUUCGAUAUUUUAAAAUAAAAUAAUAAAAAAAAUCCACGUA